AUGGUCCUCACAUCACAACACCCGAGCAAGGCUGGCAAGGCUUGCUCGCCAUGGCCUACCACAUCGGCGAGACGGGGCGAGCAUGUGAUCACCAUCAGCAGUUCCUUCGUCACAACACCUGAGCGAGCGAGAUGUUCAGACAAAGUUAUAUGUUACACUGCUAUUGACAUAUGUCAUAGAUGGACAGUACAUAUCGUUUCUCUCCAUGUUAUAAUUUCUGUGACCUCGGCAUUUGAAAGACAUGUCAUCCGAAUCGUCUAUCAUAACUGA